CAGCCGCAGAUCCGCCCGGUCGGUGUUUGCGGGCGGACGCAACAUUCAUGGGGGACAGGCUUAGCAGAGCCAAAACGGAGUGGCUGGAAAAUCAGCCCUAGAGGAGGAGGGGAGCAGCUGCCAUGGACGACCAGGGCUGCCCCCGUUGCAAGACCACCAAAUACAGGAACCCCUCCCUCAAGUUGAUGGUGAACGUCUGCGGGCAUACUUUGUGUGAAAGCUGCGUGGAACUGCUGUUUGUCAGGGGGGCCGGGAACUGCCAAGAAUGUGGCACCCCCUUGCGCAAGAGCAACUUCAGAGUGCAACUCUUUGAGGACCCGGCUGUUGACAAGGAGGUGGAAAUCCGGAAGAAGGUGUUAAAAAUCAAGGCUGUCCUCGUCGUCUCCUCGGCCUCGCGAGAUUUCUCGCACUGGGCUCCACUUUCCCCUAUGGGAUCUGCCGCCGCGCCUCCCCAGCAUCUUUUAUCGGCUACAGAACCCUCCAGCGCCACAUACAGCACCAACUUGUUUGCCAGCGCCCUGCGGCUGCCGCCCUGCUCUGGCAUCAAGGAGGGCUACGAGAGGCAAGUGCAGCACCACGUUUCUCUACCCCCCCCCCCUUCCCCUUUUGUUCUUUCUUUUAAACACCGUUUACAGGAAAGUUCUCAUCUGCCGGCCUCGUUGCUGCUCGCCCAGCAUAAAGAUCGGUCCACACAACUGGACAUGCAGUUGGAGAUUCCCAAACUGGUCAAGCCGGUCGCAUUCUCGACAGGCAUCAAAAUGGGUCAGCAAAUUGUAUUGGCUCCUGCUCCGAAGAUCAAGGAAGCGCUCUACGAAUAUCAGCCGUUGCACGUGGAGACAUACGGGCCACCGGUCCCAGAGGUUGAGUUGCUGGGAAAACUCGGGUAUCUAAACCACGUCCGAGCCGCCUCCCGACAGGAUCUCGCUGGUGGCUACGUUUCCUCCCUCGCCUGUCAUCGAGCCCUUCAAGAUGCUUUCAGCGGGCUGUUCUGGCACCCCAGCUAGCUCGGGAGAAAGCAGCCUCGGAGCAUCAAGAGCCGGGAGAAGAAACCUCAGGUGAAAAUUGCUACCGUCUGCCAGGAAACUGCUGUCGUCUUUCCUUCUCUGUUGUGAGGCCAGCUGUGCCGAAGUAUUAAAGCUCUGUGCGAAGAACACCGCCCCCCCUUCAAAAACACGGAUCGCCUUUUUAGGGUGGUGUGCGCGACGGGGAACUGAUUUACCCGGUUUGCUGAAAGAGGCGAACGGAAGAGAUGAAUAAUUCAGUUUGGCAUGUUUGAGGUUUCAGGGACAGACUUGUAAAAGUUUUAAAAUAAAGGCAUUUGGAAAAAAAAAA